CACAAGCUAACAAGGCAGUUCAGCUGUAAUCAAAUAAUUGUACUGUCCCCUAGACCAGCGCAGGAUCCACACAGAGAUUCACCACUGUGAGAGGGAAUAAAAACGUUGACUCAGAGUAAUCUAAGAAGAGGAAGUGACAGACAAUGAACAAACGCUGAACUUCAGUGCUACCAUAGUGCUUGAAUCAGCUCCUAAAUUUCCAUUAUAAUAGCCCCUUACCUCUACAUUGGCCAUGCAGCGCCCAGCAGCAGCCAUCCCGAUCUUUGAUGAAUCCCACCUAUUCUUGCCUUUAACAUCAAACCCAUCCAAUCCUAAUAUGGAUUAUCUGCAGUGUCCAGCAACAGGACAUAUUUAUUGCCUAGCAACAGGGAGUUUAUACCAAGUGUCAACAACAAUUCCACUAUCUACUAACAUCCAGCCUUUAUUACAGAGUAAACAAAGAUAUUCUCCUUUACUUCCCAGCAACCCUGCCCCAUGCACAGAGCAGGUGUCUUCCAUAAACCCUGUUAACAAUCUAGAUCCAACCGAACGGUGUAAUACAUCUUCAAUAACUCCAGAUGGUCAGGGCAAAAAUCCUCCAAGCAUCAAGAGCAAAUCUAAGAAAUAUCACCAAUGCAACCCCUCUGCACAAAGUAAAAUCAAAUCUUCUACAAACCCACCGAGUAAUUCUACUCCAACCACCAAGAAUAAAAAGAAACAUACGAAAAUCAUCCAGGAUAAACCUGUUCCUAUACAAGCCAAUCCUGCGGCUCCUAAAAAGGAAUCUGCAUCAGCCAAAUGGUGUAAUACAUCUUCAAUAACUCCAGAUGGUCUGGGCAAAAAUCCUUCAAGCAUCAAGAGCAAAUCUAAGAAAUCUCCCCAAUGCAACCCCUCUGCACAAAGUAAAAUCAAAUAUUCUACAAACCCACCGAGUAAUUCAACUCCAACCACCAAGAAUAAAAAUAAACAUACGAAAAUCAUCCAGUAUAAACCUGUUCCUAUACAAGCCAAUCCUGCGGCUCCUAAAAAGGAAUCUGCAUCAGCCAAACGGUGUAAUACAUCUUCAAUAACGACAGAUGGUCAGGGCAAAAAUCCUCCAAGCAUCAAGAGCAAAUCUAAGAAACCUCCCCAAUGCAACCCCUCUGCACAAAGUAAAAUCAAAUCUUCUACAAACCCACCGAGUAAUUCUACUCCAGCCACCAAGAAAAAAAAGAAUAAAAAGAAACAUACGAAAAUCAUUCAGGAUAAACCUGUUCCUAUACAAGCCAAUCCUGCGGCUCCAAUAAAGAAAUCUGCAUCAGCCAGACGGAACAAACCUACUCGGUCUUCCAAGGUGAAGACUUCCAAAUCAUUCAAAAGAAAAUCUGGUCCAAAAACAAGCACCACACAUCCUCCAAUAACCCAGAUCAAACUAGCCUCACACUCCAAGAGGCAUUCUACAACUAUUGCCCGCCGGCGCCGUAAACCCAAAUUAUCUAUCUGGAGUAUCCUUGUGCCUUUCAACAGAAGAAAACGACCUAAAAAAUCUCUUCAACGUGAUAAACAGGAACCUGUUUGGAGUAGUCAGUGUAAGAAUUGCAUGAUGGCAUCUUCAGUACAUGAGAUUAUUCACAGUCGGUUCACAAAGAAUGAAAAUGAGCGCAUGCCCGUAUCACAGCUGCGAGCUAUGCUGAGUUCACGACAUAAGAAAUCGAAGGCACUCCAGGAGAGGAUAAGACGUAUGGAAGAGGAGGCCAUUCAUAAAUUCAAAAAGCUGAAUUUGGAAAAAUACAAACUGAAACUAAAAGUGGAAGACAAGGGCCUGCUCAGCCACCCAAAGAAGCCUUGGCUGGUAAGUUUAGUCAGGAAGGUGAUAGACAGGAGUGGAAAAGAAGGCAGCUGGCCCUUACUGGUGAAGUGUUUAUACAAGCACCCUGAUAGCACACUGCGACAGGCCAGCAAACACCGUUCUUUCUGUCUGACGUGGAUUGAUCCCUCUUACAUCCUACGGAGGGACCAUGCCUACUACACCCAAAUUCAGUGCCAUAUGGCAAUAACUGAAACUUCUUAUGCAGAGUUGCUGGUCCAUACAAAUAAAGAGACCACCAUUGUUCCUGUAUAUUUUGACAAUGAUUUUUGGGUACAGACAGAAGCCACACUGGAUGCAUUCUUCACUGAAAAUGUACUGCCUUAUUUCAGAAAGAAUAACAUUGAGCCAAAUGAAAGCAGAGAUUCAUUCAAAACUGAGCCAAAUGAAAGCAGAGAUUCAUUCAAAACUGAGCCAAAUGAAAACAGAGACUCAUUCAAAACUGAGCCAAACGAAAACAGAGACUUAUUCAAAACUGAGCCAAAUGAAAACAGAGACUCAUUCGAAACUGAGCCAAACGAAAACAGAGACUCAUUCAAAACUGAGCCAAAUGAAAUCAGAGACUCAUCUGAAUCGUUGGAGACAGAGGGCCUAAUUCAGGUUGGAUCACAGUAAGCAGUAAGCGAUCCAACCGCAAUAGCUAAAAGGAUACGGGCGCAUGCACAGCACCUGACCUGUGCAUGCGCCUUCAUUUUCCG